AGUGCUGCUCAAUUCAAAAAGUAGCGCACACCUGGCACAGUCUGGCCUUGGCACGAGUUUCACGCAUUUAGCAACAAGAUGCACAAAGACAAAAACGCAAGUGCUACAUUUGGCCAGAUUACCGCACUGCUUAUUUUAGCCUGUUUUUUGGCACACACGGUUGACUGCUAUCGCCUGAAGAAGGCGGACAGAAGAAAAUAUGUUCCUGACGGCUUUCGGCGAGGUAAGAUUAUGUUUGGGAAAGUUCCUCAAUGGGAUCCUCCAAUGCUGGAUGAAGAAGCCAAGAAGUCAAACGCUUCAGUGGAGGAUGAAGAUGCUUAUCAGGCUGAUUCUGCAGGAGGCUGGGCUGUGAACCCUCUGCCCGUGCAACCGCCUGCAUCGCAGGAGGCCUCGUGGAGACGCAUGACUUCCCUGCAGUGUGGAGAUAACCACAUGAAGCUCAGCGUCAGGAGACCAGGGCUAACCCAUAUGACAGUGCAGCAAGCACCCAAUGCACCUCCAUUGCCUUUGCCUCUUGUGCCCUUAAACUGUGGCUACAAUAUGCACCGAAAUUCCUUUGGGUUCCUCAUGUAUGUUCCGUAUGGUGGUUGUUACAUGCUUCAACAGGCUGGAAGUUACGUGCUUCCCAUGUAUUGGCAGGGAGUUCCAGUCAUCCUCAUGUGCACCAGACUGACUCCAACUGAUGCCCCAAAGGUUACCAGUCCAUUCCACUUUGAUCAGAUGGUCACCAAGGGGCCUGAUGCUCAACAUGUCCCCAAGUGGCCCCCGGUCGCCCAAGGUCCAGUCUCCCCACUUGGCAUUUGGGCACCAGUUGACCCCCGCAGCCACCAGGCCCAGUCUCCGGUCAUGAGCCCCAGGGCCCGAUCUCACCAUUCUGCGCCUCAUGUGCCCAAGUGGCCGUUAUUCCCCAAGUGGCCACCAAUGCCCCAUAGUCCAGGCUCCCAGCCUGGGCUUCAGAAACCCCCAAUGUCUCAGGACCCCAUGUUCAAUUUUGGGCUGCAAGCACCUCGGAACCCAUUUGUGUCGCAGUACCCCCACAUGCCCAACAUGCCCCACAUGCCUCACAUGCCCUAUAUGCAAAAUCUGCCUCGCCCAUACCCUGAUCCCCAGUUGAUGGGCCAGUACCCAUAUUUCAAUCCCUCCCUCUGGAACUUCCCCGGACAUCCAGCACCAGCUGGGAACAAGGACCCAAAAAAUCCAGUUAAGACAGCAACUUUGUCAAAGGUUCCUACUUCUAUCCCUCCAACGCAGACAACAACCACCCCGCCAUCGACCACAACUGCGGCAACAGCCGCUGAGACCACGCCGUUACCGUACAACCCAUUGUACCAAUUUCCCCCUGAGCUGAUGCACUAUAUCUCCUAUGAGGACUUGCUUGCUGCAAUGUAUGCUAAUCAGUGAAAAUGACUCCAAUAAAUUCUCUAAACAAG